UUUAUUGGCCAGCGCCGCCAAGCCUCAGGCCCCGGGGGCCGAGAGCUGUGUCAGCCCUGCUGCCAUGGCGUCGUACUUCGAUGAACAUGACUGCGAGCCACUGGACCCCGAGCAUGAGGCCCGAACCAACAUGCUACUGGAGCUCGCAAGGUCACUUUUCAAUAGGAUGGACUUUGAAGACUUGGGGUUGGUAGUCGAUUGGGAUCACCACCUGCCUCCACCUGCUGCCAAGACUGUGGUAGAGAACCUCCCCCGGACAGUCAUCAGUGGCUCACAGGCUGAGCUCAAGUGCCCCGUGUGUCUUUUGGAAUUUGAGGAGGAGGAGACUGCCAUUGAGAUGCCUUGCCAUCACCUCUUCCAUUCCAACUGCAUUCUGCCCUGGCUAAGUAAGACGAAUUCCUGCCCCCUGUGCCGCCAUGAGCUGCCCACUGAUGAUGACACUUAUGAGGAGCACAGACGAGAUAAGGCUCGCAAGCAGCAGCAGAAACAGCGGCUGGAGAGCCUCCAUGGAGCCAUGUACACGUGAGACAGUCGGGGCUGAGCACCAGCUCCCCGCAUCUUCCUCCUGCACCUCAAAUCCUCAUUAAAGGUUUCUUUGCCCAC